CUCGUCGUGACGCGAGAAUUCAAUUUGACGUUGUCAGGUCACGUGAAAUUCCCUAAUCUUAUCUUGAAUCUUAUCGCCAGCCAGUCACAUCUCUUCCUUUCUCGAGGUAGGUCAAUGCUCCAGAAUGGCAUUCGGAGCUUGUACGCACGCGUUCAUCAUCUCUCAUUGUAUACCAGAACUCGUCACCUGAAUACCUACCGCAGAGAAAUGGCCACCACAACUGUCCACCGGGAGCGAUUCCUGGCAGAUAAGUCUGCUCCUUUGUGUGGUAUGGACAUUAGAAAGUCAUUUGAUCAGCUCAGCUCUAAGGAAAAGCUCUACACGCAUUACGUGACCGAAGCUUCUUGGGCGGGCGCAAGAAUCAUCCAGGCUCAGUGGACCCCGCAGGCGACAGAUCUAUAUGAUCUGCUGAUCCUUACGUUCAGCGUAAAUGGAAAGCUCGCCGACCUGAAUGCCCUUAAGACGUCGUCAGGCCUUUCAGAGGACGAUUGGGAGGCCUUGAUACAGUACACGGUCCAGGUAUUGAGCAAUCUUGUCAACUACAAGACGUUCGGAUUUACGAAGAUCAUUCCCCGCGUCGACGCAGAAAAGUUUGAGUCAGUGGUCAAAGCCUCUAGCAACGCAGACCAGGCCUCGGCUCUAUUCACCAAGUUGAAACAACACAUAUAUGCGCUUUCUCCUGAGCCAGCGCUAUUCAUUGGCAAAAGGAAGGACGGUCACGUAUCAAAUUACUAUCUUGGUGAACCUGUUGGAGAUGCUGAGGUCGAUGCUAUCCAAAGUGUCGCUGAGAAGCUAGGCGUUGAUAUCCUCAAUACUCGCGUGAAGAAGAAUGGAGCGGGUGAUUACACGCUCUUAGUUGCCUCUGCUAAAACCAGUCCACCCUCCGUGCAUGACUUCCAAAUCGACUCAACUCCGGCCAAAUUGACGAUUGAGUAUGGCGACUACGCGUCAUCUCUAACGAAGGUUGUCGCCGCCCUUCAGGAGGCCAAACAGUAUACCGCGAACGAUCAUCAAUCAGCGAUGAUUGAAGGCUAUGUCAAGUCGUUCAACUCAGGAUCAAUUCCGGAACACAAAGCUGCGUCAACAGAAUGGGUGAAAGAUAUUGGACCGGUUGUAGAGUCCUACAUCGGGUUCGUCGAAACCUAUGUCGACCCAUAUGGCGGACGCGCGGAAUGGGAGGGUUUCACUGCCAUCGUCAACAAGCAGCUGAGUGCGAAGUACGAAGCAUUGGUUAACGGUGCUCCUGAGUUGAUCAAGAGUCUUCCGUGGGGAACGGACUUCGAGGUUGACGUCUUCAGGAAGCCGGACUUUACUGCGUUGGAAGUCGUAUCAUUUGCAACAGGAGGUAUUCCUGCCGGAAUCAAUAUACCAAACUAUUAUGAGGUCCGGGAAAGCACAGGGUUUAAGAAUGUUUCGCUAGCGAAUAUUUUGGCAGCCAAGGCACCAAACGAGGAGUUAACUUUCAUCCAUCCUGAUGACGUAGAACUAUAUAACGCUUGGGAUAGUCGCGCGUUUGAACUUCAGGUGGCCAACCACGAACUUUUGGGUCAUGGCUCCGGCAAGCUUUUCCAAGAAGGUGUUGAUGGGAAACUGAACUUCGAUCCCGAAAAGGUCAUAAACCUUCUGACUGGAAAGCCGAUAACUUCAUGGUAUAAGCCGGGGCAAACGCCGGAUUCUGUUUUAGGCGAAGUGUCGUCGUCAAUGGAAGAAUGUCGGGCGGAGACCGUAGCGCUUUACUUGGUCAGCAACCUCGAUAUUCUUAAAAUUUUUAAUUACGUCGACAAGCAAGACAUUGAAGAUAUCCAGUACAUCACGUUCUUGCUUAUGGCCCGCGCUGGUCUGCGGGCACUAGAGUUUUAUGAUCCAGCCACCAAGAAGCACGGACAGGCACAUAUGCAGGCCAGAAUGGGCAUAACCCAGUACCUGAUUCGAGCUGGGAUUGCGAGACUUGAAUUGAUCCAGGAUGCCAACGGCGAACUCGAAAACUUAUACGUUCGGGUUGACCGGGAGAAAACGUUGUCCAAAGGAAAGGAGGUUGUUGGUCAAUUGCUGAUCGAACUCCAAGUCCGGAAAAGUACCGCAGACGGCGCCGGCUCCCGAGAUUUCUACACAACGCUGACCGAACCAAUCUCUGGAUGGGAGGGCAAGAUCCGAGACAUCGUUUUGAAGAAGAAGCUUCCCCGAAAAAUCUUUGUCCAGCCCAAUACAUUUGUCGUCAACGGCGAAGUCCAGCUCAAAGUGUAUCCUUUGACGGCUGCCGGGGUAAUUGAAAGUUUCAUUGAGAGACGAUUGUGAUGUCAGAGCCGAUUGACAAACUGAAUUGAUGAAUGAUGUAGUAAAUGACGUAAUCGUAGCUGAUAAGAUAAGAUGCAUUCAAAUAACAAUUCUACCCAAAUAUUUGUUC